UUUAGGCCCUUGCUACAUUCACGUUCCCCAAACCCUGUGGAUCACAUCUUCUGAGGCUUCCAGGCCCCUGUGCUGCCACCCCGCCUGGACCAUGUCUUCCUCAGAUGAAGAAACCCUCAGUGAGCGGUCAUGCCGGAGCGAGCGGUCGUGCCGAAGUGAGCGAUCCUACAGGAGCGAGCGGUCAGGAAGCCUGUCCCCUUGCCCGCCGGGAGACACCUUACCCUGGAACCUGCCCCUGCAUGAGCAGAAGAAGCGGAAGAGCCAGGACUCGGUGCUGGACCCUGCAGAGCGUGCUGUGGUCCGAGUAGCCGAUGAACGAGACCGUGUUCAGAAGAAGACAUUCACCAAGUGGGUCAACAAGCACCUUAUGAAGGUACGCAAGCACAUCAAUGAUCUUUACGAAGAUCUACGGGAUGGCCACAACCUGAUCUCUCUCUUGGAGGUCCUCUCAGGCAUCAAGCUGCCCCGAGAGAAGGGCAGAAUGCGUUUUCAUAGGUUGCAAAAUGUGCAAAUUGCCCUGGACUUCCUAAAGCAGCGACAGGUGAAAUUAGUGAAUAUUCGCAAUGAUGACAUCACAGAUGGCAACCCGAAGUUGACCCUGGGCCUGAUAUGGACCAUUAUUUUGCAUUUCCAGAUCUCUGACAUCUACAUUAGUGGAGAGUCAGGGGACAUGUCAGCCAAGGAGAGGCUGCUCUUGUGGACCCAGAAGGUGACAGCAGGUUACACUGGAGUCAAAUGCACCAACUUCUCCUCAUGCUGGAGUGAUGGAAAGAUGUUCAAUGCACUUAUUCACCGAUACAGACCUGAUUUGGUAGAUAUGGAGAGGGUCCAGAUCCAGAGUAACAGAGAGAAUCUGGAACAAGCUUUUGAAGUAGCAGAGAGAUUGGGGGUCACCCGAUUAUUGGAUGCAGAAGAUGUGGAUGUGCCGUCUCCUGAUGAAAAAUCUGUAAUCACUUAUGUGUCUUCUAUUUACGAUGCCUUCCCUAAAGUCCCUGAAGGUGGAGAAGGAAUCAGUGCUACGGAAGUAGACUCCAGGUGGCAAGAAUACCAAAGCCGAGUGGAUUCCCUUAUACCUUGGAUCAAACAACAUACAAUUCUGAUGUCAGAUAAAUCUUUUCCCCAGAAUCCUGUUGAACUAAAGGCACUUUAUAACCAAUAUAUACACUUCAAAGAAACAGAAAUUCUAGCCAAGGAGAGAGAAAAAGGAAGAAUCGAAGAAUUAUAUAAAUUACUAGAGGUAUGGAUUGAGUUUGGCCGAAUUAAACUGCCUCAAGGUUAUCACCCUAAUGACGUGGAAGAAGAGUGGGGAAAGCUCAUCAUUGAAAUGCUGGAGAGAGAGAAAUCACUCCGACCAGCUGUGGAGAGGCUGGAAUUGCUGCUACAAAUUGCAAACAAAAUCCAGAAUGGUGCUUUGAACUGUGAAGAAAAACUGACAUUAGCCAAGAAUACACUGCAGGCUGAUGCUGCUCAUCUGGAAUCAGGACAACCAGUACAAUGUGAGUCAGAUGUCAUCAUGUACAUUCAGGAAUGUGAAGGUCUUAUCAGGCAGCUGCAGGUGGAUCUCCAGAUCCUACGGGAUGAGAAUUAUUACCAACUGGAAGAACUGGCUUUUAGGGUCAUGCGUCUGCAGGAUGAACUUGUCACUUUGCGUCUAGAGUGUACAAACUUGUACCGGAAGGGCCACUUCACAUCACUUGAAUUGGUUCCACCCUCUACUUUAACCACUACUCAGCUGAAUGCAGAACCCUUGACCAAGGGAACCCAUUCUUCCUCUACCUCCUGGUUCCGAAAGCCCAUGACUCGGGCUGAGCUUGUUGCUAUCUCCUCCUCUGAAGAUGAAGGCAGUCUUCGAUUUGUGUAUGAACUCCUGUCUUGGGUAGAAGAGAUGCAGAUGAAACUGGAACGAGCAGAGUGGGGCAAUGACUUACCUAGUGUGGAGCUACAACUGGAAACACAGCAGCACAUCCACACAAGUGUGGAAGACUUAGGUUCAAGUGUGAAAGAGGCCAGGUCAUAUGAAGGAAAAAUGUCCCCAAAUUUCCAUACCAGCUAUGUUGAAACACUUGGAAAGCUGGAAACACAGUACUGUAAAUUAAAGGAAACUUCUAGCUUCCGGAUGAAGCACCUUCAGAGCCUGCAUAAAUUUGUCUCUAGAGCUACAGCUGAGUUGAUCUGGUUGAAUGAGAAGGAGGAAGAAGAACUAGCUUAUGACUGGAGUGACAACAAUCCCAAUAUCUCAGCCAAAAAAAAUUAUUUCUCGGAGUUGACAGUGGAACUGGAGAAGAAACAGGAUGUUUUCCGGUCACUUCAAGAUACUGCAGAGCUGCUCUCACUUGAGAAUCAUCCAGCCAAGCAGACUGUGGAGGCUUACAGUGCUGCUGUCCAGUCCCAAUUGCAGUGGAUGAAGCAGCUGUGUUUAUGUGUUGAACAGCAUGUUAAAGAGAAUACAGCUUACUUUCAGUUCUUCAGUGAUGCACGAGACCUAGAGACAUUCUUGAAGAAUCUCCAAGACUCCAUUAAACGAAAAUAUUCUUGUGAUCACAACACCAGCUUGUCCCGCCUUGAGGACCUGCUCCAGGACUCCAUGGAUGAAAAAGAGCAGCUUAUACAGUCCAAGAGCUCUGUUGCCAGUCUUGUUGGGAGGUCAAAAACCAUUGUUCAGCUUAAGCCACGAAGUCCUGAGCAUGUGCUCAAGAGCACCAUAUCUGUGAAGGCCAUCUGCGACUAUCGACAGAUUGAGAUUACUAUAUGUAAGAAUGAUGAAUGUGUGUUAGAAGAUAACUCUCAACGGACCAAAUGGAAAGUGAUCAGUCCUACAGGGAAUGAGGCAAUGGUGCCAUCUGUCUGCUUUCUUGUCCCCGCACCCAAUAAAGAUGCCAUCGAGAUGGCCAGCAGGGUGGAACAGUCUUAUCAGAAGGUGAUGGCCCUUUGGCAUCAACUGCACAUUAACACCAAAAGCCUUAUCUCCUGGAACUAUCUGAGGAAGGACCUUGAUCUUGUGAAGACCUGGAGCCCAGAGAAGCUUCGAUCUUUGGCACCAGGGGAAUGUCAUCAGGUUAUGAAGAACCUGCAGACCCACUAUGAAGACUUCCAGCAGGAUUGUCGUGACUCUGCGCUCUUCUCAGUGACUGAUCGCUUGCGCUUGGAAGAGGAGGUGGAGGCUUGUAAAACCCAUUUCCAGCACUUGAUAAAGUCCGUGGAGAAUGAGGACAAAGAGGAAACUGUAGCCAAGACAUAUAUUUCAGAGCUGAAGAAUAUCCAGCUGCACUUAGAGGAGUGUGAACAAAGGAUGAUUAAACGAAUUCAGUCUCUAGCCAGUUCAAGGACUGAUAAAGAUGCUCGGCAGGAAAUUGCAUUAAGGAUUGCAGAGCAGGAGCAUACCCAGGAUGAUUUACAGAAAUUGAAGUCAGAAAUGGAUGGUCUUUCCUUGAAAUGCAACAGCUUUUUCCAUCAGUCCCCUUCUGGUUCAAGUGUCCCAACUCUUCGUUCAGAACUCAAUCUGCUAGUGGAAAAAAUGGAUCAUGUUUAUGGUCUCUCCACCGUCUAUCUGAAUAAGUUGAAGACAAUUGAUGUCAUAGUACGGAGCAUUGAGGAUGCUGAACUUUUGGUCAAAGGUUAUGAAAUUAAGCUGAGUCAGGAGGAAGCAGUGCCAGCAGAUCUUUCUGCUCUAGAGUCCCAUCGGUCUACAUUAAAGCACUGGCUUAGUGAUGUGAAGGACAAGAAUUCAGUAUUUUCAGUCUUGGAUGAGGAACUUACCAAGGCCAAGGAGGUGGGAGAGCAGCUAAACUGUCUGACCCCAGAGCGAAAUCUGGAUUUGGAGCGCUAUCAGGAAAAAGGCUCCCAGCUGCAGGAGCGUUGGCAUCGAGUCAUUGGCCAGCUUGAGACGCGCCAAUCUGAGCUAGAAAGUAUCCAGGAUGUUCUGGGAGAUUACCGAGCCUGCCAUGGAACUCUCAUCAAAUGGAUUGAGGAAACCACUACUCAGCAGGAAUUGAUGAAGCCAGGCCAGGCAGAGGACAGCAGAGUGCUCUCAGAGCAGCUCAGCCAGCAGACGGCUUUGUUUGCAGAAAUUGAGAGAAAUCAGACAAAACUAGACCAAUGUCAAAAAUUUUCUCAGCAAUACUCCACUAUUGUAAAGGAUUACGAAUUGCAACUGAUGACAUAUAAGGCCUUUGUGGAAUCACAGCAGAAAUCCCCUGGCAAGCGCCGUCGCAUGGUGUCCUCAUCGGAUGCCAUCACACAAGAGUUCAUGGACCUAAGGACUCGAUACACAGCUUUGGUGACUUUGACAACUCAGCAUGUGAAAUAUAUCAGUGAUGCACUCCGGCGGCUAGAGGAGGAGGAGAAAGUGGUAGAAGAGGAAAAACAGGAACAUGUGGAGAAGGUCAAAGAACUUUUGGGCUGGGUAUCUACCCUAGCACAGAAUACACAAAGCAAAGGUACCUCAGCCCAGACCAAAGAAUCAACAGACAUUGAAAAAGCUAUUUUAGAGCAACAGGUUCUGGCAGAUGAGUUGACAACCAAGAAAGAACAGGUCUCUGAGGCCAUUAAAACUUCACAGAUCUUCUUAGCCAAACAUGGUCAUAAGCUCUCAGAAAAAGAGAAAGAACAAAUAUCAGAGCAGAUAAAUGACUUAAAUAAGGCAUACCAUAACCUUUGUGAUGGGUCAACAAACCAGCUUCAACAACUUCAGAGCCAGUUGGCCCAACAGACAGAACAAAAGGGUUGCAGAGCAGUUGCUGGGGUGAUUGACCUAGGCACAGUGGAAAUAUUUCCCAUCUUCAAGGCAAUGCAAAAGGGCCUUAUUGACCAAGACACAGGACUUGUGCUCCUAGAGUCCCAAGUUAUUAUGUCUGGUCUCAUUGCCCCUGAGACCAGUGAAAAGCUCACUCUGGAAGAGGGUUUAUCCAGAAACCUUAUUAAUCCCCAGAUGUAUCAGCAACUUCAAGAACUACAGGAUGCCCUGUCUUUAGUCAAUAGACUUACUGGAAGUAAAGGCUUACCUCUUUCUGUGGUGGAGGCAAUUGAAAAGAAAAUAAUCAGUCAGAGAAUUGGACUGAAAAUCUUAGAAGCUCACCUGGCAACUGGAGGCUUCAGUCUUCCCCUUCAAGAGAAAUGUUUUAAUUUAGAUGAGGCUUUUCAGCAAGGCCUCAUUCCUAAAUGGCUUCACUCAGUACUAGAGUGUCACCUGAGAUCAUCUAAGAAUCUGAUAGAUCCCAGCACAGCUGAGAAAAUUUGUUUGCUGGAUCUGAUGCAAAGAUGCAUUAUCCACCAGGAAUCUGGGUUAAAAUUGCUGCCGGUCAAACAAUUGGCAGGGGGAAUGGUAAGCUUAAAAUCAGGCCGGAAAGUUAGCAUUUUCCGUGCCGUUCAGGAAGGGUUAAUAGAUAGGCAGGUCACUGUCCGACUGUUGGAGGCUCAGCUUUUUGCUGGUGGCAUAGUAGAUCCAAGAACAGGACAUAGACUUACAGUACAAGAGGCUGUAAGACAUAAUUUGAUAGAUCAAGAUAUGGCCUGUGCUCUUCUCAUAAGGCAGCUCCAAACAGGCGGCAUCAUAGACACUGUCACUGGCCAUCGGAUGACAAUAGAUGAAGCAGUGAGAAAAAAUCUAGUGGCAGCUAAGUUUGCUCUUGUUAUUCUGGAAUCCCUUCGGUCAUUCAUGGGUUUUCUUUGGCCUGAAUCUGGAGAGAUCCUUCCAAUAACAGAUGCCCUGGAGCAAGGAAUUGUAUCUACUGAACUAGCUCAGAAAAUACUUAGUGGUCGACAACACAUUAAGGCUCUAUUUCUACCUGAAGCUAUGGAAAUUUGGUCCUGGAAAGAAGCAGUAGAAAAUGGUACUUUAGACAAAGGUCUUGCCAAUAAGAUGAAAUCAGUUUGCAUACCCGAUGUGAUACCCCACAUGCAAUUAGUAGGCUCUUCGGAACAAAGCAAAUUGAACAGCAAUCCUUCAGUGGCAGGUCUGUGCAUGGGCCAAACUGAGGGCAUAGCAAGCCAUAGAGAAAAGCUGUUGUUUCAACUAAUGACUCACAGCUAUAUUAAUGUACAGAAUGGACAGAGGCUGCUCCUGCUGGACAGUGAGCUGAUAGAUUCCCUAACUGCAAGUGGUGAAUAUCAAGCAAGUCCCCAAGAAGUGUUUGAAAUUGGACAUCAAAGAGAAGAAACUCCUGAGGAAUUAGCAGAAUUAAUGGAUAUGAAAGCCACUGAAUCUUUCUGUGAUAGGCUUCAGGAAAGGCCAUGUGAAUGCCAGGUUUCUUCUCAAAGCAAAGAAUGUCCUGAUCAGGCAAAUUACAUUGAAGCAAAAAGCAAAAAGAUCACUGAAGAAAAAGAAACUGAAAGUUCUUCAGUUGGGAACCCUGAAAAGGACUUGUUGGUAGGAGAACAAAGAGUGAGAACUCCAAAUAGCCAGACUUCAAAAAGCAAAAGUAAAGUCAAAUCAGAAUUGAGAAGACAGUUACGAGAUACAAGAAAGAAAGAUCAGAUAGAGAUGUCUGCCAGAGAAGAUAUUAGUGGCGAAUUUCUCCUUACAGUUCCUUCGAAGAAAGCUGAAGAUAUGGCCUUUGUGUUGGGUGACAAUUCCUUUUAUGUUGAACAACCAAGAGAAGACAACAUUUCUUUAACUUGUCAGAAAGAACAAGCAAACAAAAUUGAGAUUGAAUGCCCUUCAGGUAAAGCUGGAAGACCACUUAUAAAACUUCAAAGCAAAAUGCAACAGUUACAGGUAGAAGAAACUGUAGAUUUAGAAUCAGAACUAAAGACCAAAAACAAUGGAAAUAUUUAUGUUCAGGACCAAAAGGAAGCCUUAAAUAAAACAUUUUCAAGUAGGCAUGUUCAUAAACAAAGUCAAGAUGGACUUAAUAUUAUAGAUAGUAAUAUGACAUUAGAAAAGGCAGAAAAGGAAGAUGGUAGUAGUGAAACUUCUUUAUCAUAUAUUUAUUCUUCAGAAUUGCUUGAAGACAUUACUUUAAAUAUGUUAUUUAAGCAGUUGCUAGAUGGUGGUAUCUUGCAUGAACAAACAGGUCAAAAACUCUUAUUAAAUGAAGCAAUAGCUCAAGGAAUUGUGCCCAGUCACACUGCUGUGAAACUUAUGGCAAAGAUGAACAUGUUUCGGGGUUUCUUUGAUGCACGGACUUGUGAGUCUUUGACAACUGAAGAAGUCAUUGAUGAAGGUCUGAUGGAUGAAAAGUUAUUACAUAAUGUCCUCAUGGCAGACAAAACAAUAAGUGGUGUCUUAGAUCCUCGUACCCACACCCUUUGCUCUGUGAAGGAAGCAGUUGCGGUUGGACUUCUUGACAUGCAAACAGCCACUGGAAUUUUAGAGGGGCAGGUAGUAACUGGUGGGAUUGUUGACCUGAAACGAGGUAAAAAAAUUUCCGUAACUUUGGCCUCAAAUCUUGGCUUGGUGGACAGCGAUGACCUGUUAACACUAAUAAAUCUGGAGAAAGCUUCCAAAGGUAGAGAAGCAGAAAAAAUAGUUAGAGAGAGGUUAAUUAAUUUACAAAUGGAAACAACAGGGAUUCUGGAUCCUGCUAACAAAGCUCCUUUAACAGUUGUGCAGUCCAUUGACAGAGGUCUUCUGGAGACUGAAGAGGCCAUUCAGUUGUUGACCAAGCAGGUGGUAGAUGGCGGUAUCAUUCACCAAAUAUCUGGGAUGAGACUUUCUGUUGAUAAUGCCUUUGAACAUGGCAUCAUUGAUGAAGAUUUAGCCAAGCAGCUUAAAAAAGUUGAGAACAUAAAACUCCAACAAUUUUUUCAUCCAGAAACAAAAGAAGCUGUCUCUCUCCCAGAAGCCAUACAGUUAGAUCUUGUUACCCCAGAAUUGAACAAAGAAAUUCAAGAAACUCAGGCCUUGACUGGGAACUUUAUGGAUCUCAUUUCUGGCCAGAAACUGACAUUGACAGAAGCUAAAAAGGAAGGAUUGCUGUCCUCUGAAGGAUCUUUGUCUUCAGGAAUAGUGCAUGGAAUUUUAGAUCCUGAGAAUCAUAAAAUUGUUCCCUAUUCAGAAUUAGUAAAGAAGUGUAAGAUAGAUAUUGAAUCUGGUAAGAGAUAUCUAGAAGUAAUUCCUUUCUCAGACAUUAAAGAUGGAGUAAGUGAUAAAUCACUUACAUUGACUCAAGCAACUCAACUUGGUAAAAUAGAUUUUGCAUCUACUUUGAAGAUUCUGAAAGCUCAAGCAAAUACUGGUGGAAUUAUAGAUACUGCCACAGGACAGCAACUGACAUUGUCAUCAGCUUUAGAACAUAAAUUAAUAGAUGAAAAUAUGAUCAGAAUUAUUGCAUCUCAUCAAGUAUUAAAUGGAGGAAUUAUCGACAUAUUUAAUGACCAGAGAGUGACAUUAAAGGAAGCUAUUGAAAAACAGCUUAUCAACCCUGAACUGGCAACUAUGAUCCAAAAAGAUUCUUUAGUGUCCAGUGAUCAUGGGGCUCAGGUUAAAAAUCAAGAUGGAAUUGAAGUAAGUGAAUUGAAGAAGGAUUUUCUAGGGAAGAAAACAUUGACUGUUUGUAAUCAAACAGAUGAGAUGAGUUGUGGUAAAGGUGAAAAGGAGAAAUUAUUUCAAAAUGAAAGUCAGUCUGCACAAGAAAAAGUGAAAGUAAGAAUUUCAGAGGAGGAACAGGUAAAAAAGAGAAGGGAAAUUUCCUUAAGGGAAUUUAAAAGCAGAGAUGGAGAUAAGAAGAGAGGAGCUCCAGAUAUGAAAGACUCUGUCAAAAUCAAAAUUCCUAGUGAUUUUGAAGAUAAAUCAUCAUUGGCCCAUAGUUCAGUGGUGACACACUGUCACUCAGAAGUUUGUGAGUUUAAAGAUAAAGAGGUGACUAGAAAUGAUAUGGGGAAAAGUAAAAAUGAAGAGCAGGAACAAAUACUGCCACAAGAAGAAAUAAUUUCUCAAAUGGGACAAUGCACAUCAAGCCUAAAUUCUAAGGAAAUAAGGGAAAACCCAGGAGCACAUAUUUCAGAAGUGCAAGAAUCAAAUUAUGAAACUCCAGACAAAUUGCUAGAUGAGAAGGUUGUGGAGAAAUCAAGAACUACUGGGGAGAAAAGUAAAAGGAAGAGGAGGAGAAUGGUUGUAGGAAAAAAUGUCCCAGUGUGCAGACAAGCAGUUCAUUCAGAAGAAUUUCAGGAAAGUGCUGUUAGAGAUGACCAUGAUUCCAGUUUAAAAGGUCAAUCUAUUGAAAUAACCACUAGUGAAAAAGAGAAAGAAACUGAAAGAAAGCAGGAAUUUUCUGUUAUUUGGAAAACUGAAGACACUUCUUCUCAAAUGGUACCCAGAGAGAGCUCCGUAAGAAACCAAGAAGCUCUAACAUUCUCCAACUCAAGUCAGGUCAGUGAAAGAGAAGGAAACUUACCUCAGGAAAUUACUGAUGUGACUAAGGGUGAACAAUUCUCUUUUGUGACCUCCAAAUCUGAGUUGUCCUGCCAGGAAUCAGUUGGAGAAGCUCAAUCUUUUCAAGGAACCUUAAGACAGGAGACCAGUUACAAAGAUUCCUGUAUUACUUCUAAGACUAAGGAAACCAAAGAUCUGAUAGUCUCCUCUAAUGAACAUAAGGAAAGAGUACCUUUUGACUCAACAAGAGCUAUUAAGUUACAGGAAGAAAUUAUACUUUCUAGAAUAGAGUCUAAAGAAGUCAAUUGCCCAGAAUUCUCAGCCAGAAAGGCUGAUCUUCAGGAUAAUAAAAGUGACCAUGAACUUAAUGGAAUUCCCAAAUCCAAAGUAAUAACUCAAGAAGUAACUGGAGAGAGAUCUGCAGAAACUAUAAAACCUAAAGUUUCAACUCCAGGAACAGGGUCCAAUGAAGGCAUAGUGACUCAGGGAGAUACCAAAGUCUUGGUGUCCCAUCUUCCAGAGAAACUGUUCAAUGAUGUGUCUCAGAAAGAGAGUGCAAGGCAACAAGAUGCCACCAUCAGUUCCAGUAUUCCAGACACCAGUGAAGACAAGACAGUAGUGCCCUUAAAAUCACACUCUGCAAUAAAGACUAUUGAGAUACCACAGGAAAAGCUCAGAGAAAGCCCUAGAAGUGAACAUACACCCUAUAUGGCUGCACUUGAAGAAAGGGGAGAUGAAAGUAUAAAUCUGGAGCCCUUCAGAGCAACUAAAAAUGUAUUUAAUCGACAACUCUGUCUAGAGCAUGAUAAGAAGCUGGUAUCCUAUCUGUCUCUGUUACGAGACAUUGAAAUGAGAACCAAGCAGAUUCAGCCUCUAGAACUAAACCUCCCAGGCUUACAGGAUCUGCUGUGUCAUGCCAAGGUAUUAGAUCGGGAGCUAAAAGAUCUAUCCACUUUGGUGAAUCAGGAAUUGAAUUGUGUGAAUCAGAUUAUUAUCAGCCAACCUCAGGAAGUUCCUGUUCAACUACUAAAGGCUCUAGAGAAGGAUGCCAAGAAUCUUCAAAAAUCCCUCAGCUCGGUGACUGAUACCUGGACUUCUAGAUUCCUUCAUCUUCAGAAUGUGGUGGAAGUCAAAAAGACCGAUGUGUUAAGUCAAUAUGAGCAGUUGGAAGGCAGACUUCAAAUUCUAAGAGCCUGGCUUAGCAAUACCUACAUUACUCUGAAAAGCAAAGAAAGUAAUUGCGAAGCCAGUGCUGAUAGCUUGAAUCUCCAUCUUCAACAGUUUGAGGAUUUGAAGCAGCCCAUAACUGAAAGGAGAUCUCAAUUGAAUGAUCUUGCUUUUGAUAUUCAAUUCUUUAUCUCGGAGCAUGCCCAGGACUUGUCCCCUCAGCAAAAUCGACAGAUGCUGAGGCAUCUGAAUGAAGUACAGAGGACCUUCCAGGAUCUCCUGGAGCAGACUGCAACUCAAAUGCAUGCCUUGCAAGGCUGUCUUCAGCAGAUGGAACAGGCAGCCUGGUUCAAGACCCUGCAGAAACAACAAAAUACCUGCCACCAAAAGCUGGAGGAUCUUUGUACCUGGUUAGGGCAGGCAGAAAAAGCAUUGGUAGACCACCAAGGGAGUGCCACUCAACAAGGUCUCUCUGCUUUGCAACAGAACCAAAGUGACUUGAAGGAUUUACAGGACGAUAUUCAGAAUCAUGCCGCCUCAUUCGCCAGUGUUGUCAAAGACAUUGAAGGAUUUCUAGAGGAGAAUCAGACAAAGCUGAGUCCCCAUGAGUUGACCGCUCUUCGGGAAAAACUUCAUCAGGCAAAGAAACAAUAUGAAACUCUCCAGGAACGGACACGGGUGACCCAGAAGGAGCUGGAGGAAGUCUUAACCUCAGCCCUACAACAAGAGACUGAGAAGAGUAAAGCAGCAAAAGAGCUGGCAGAAAACAGGAGUAAGAUUGAUUCUCUCUUGGAUUGGGUGACUUCAGUGGGAUCAUCCGGUGGACAGAUAGAACAGCUGUCUGGACCUAGUCUACAGAAAGGAGCCUUGGACACUAUUGAUGGUCAUGUGGACAUGAGCAGAGCCCCAGAGGAGCUGGAUAAGCAGUGUGAGAAGAUGAAGGCUCAUCACCAGGAAUUGCUGUCAAAGCAGCAAAAUUUCAUCUUGGCCACCCAGUCAGCGCAGGCCUUUUUAGACCAGCAUGGCCACAACCUUUCACCUGAAGAACGAGAAACACUGCAGGAGAAUCUCAGGAAGCUAAAGGAGCAGUAUGCGACUUCCCUGGCCCAGUCAGAGGUCGAGCUAAAACAGGUACAGGCACUGCGGGAUGAAUUGCAGAAGUUUCUGCAGGAUCAUAAAGAGUUUGAAACCUGGCUGGAGCGUUCUGAGAAAGAGCUGGAGAACAUGCACAAAGGAUGCAGCAGCCCUGAAGAUCUUCCCACCCUGCUUAAGCGACAAGGGAGUUUCUCAGAAGAUGUGAUUUCCCACAAAGGGGACUUGAGGUUUGUGACUAUCUCAGGACAGAAAGUCUUGGACACAGAAACUAACUUUGAGGAAGACAGAGAACCAUCAAUAGCUGGAACCUUAGUAAAGGAAAAACUGAAGGAUGCAACAGAAAGAUAUACAGCUCUUCAUUCAAAGUGUACACGAUUGGGCUCUCACCUGAACCAGUUGUUAGGUCAAUACCAACAGUUCCAGAGCACUGUUGACAGCCUACAGACCUGGAUGCAGACUUGUAAGGCCAGUGUGGAAAAGCUCCUCUCAGACACUGUUUCCUCUGACCCUGUAGUCCUACAGCAGCAACUUGCAACAACAAAGCAGUUGCAGGAACAAAUGGCUGAGCACCAAGUGCCUAUAGAGAAACUCAAAAAAGUGGCUCAUGAUCUCAUUGAAAUUGAAGGAGAGCCAGCCCCAGACCGCAGGCAUGUUCAGGAAACUACAGAUUCCAUACUCAGCCAUUUUCAGACCCUCUCCAGCAGCCUGGCUGACCGCUCUGCUCUGCUACAGAAGGCAAUUGCCCAAUCUCAGAGUGUUCAAGAAAGUCUGGAUAGCUUAUUGCAAUCCAUCGGAAAAGUUGAAAAAAAACUGGAGGAGGAGCAAGUGACUUCACUUUCUUCUGGAGUCAUCCAAGAAGCCUUGGCCAACAACAUGAAAUUGAAGCAGGACAUUGAUCGACAGAAGAGCAGCUUGGAGGCCACCCGUGAGAUGGUGACCCGAUUCAUGGAGUCGGCAGACAGCAGCACAGCAGCAGCAUUGCAGGGCAAGCUGGCAGAGGUGAGCCAGCGCUGCCAGCAGCUCUGUCUGCAGCAGCAAGAAAAGGAAAGCUCACUCAAAAAACUUCUGCCCCAGGCAGAGAUGUUUGAACAUCUCUCUGAUAAACUGCAGCAGUUCAUGGAAAACAAAAGUCGAGUGCUGGCCUCUGGAAAUCAGCCAGAUCAAGAUAUUACACAUUUCUUCCAGCAGAUUCAGGAGCUUAAUUUGGAAAUGGAAGACCAACAGGAAAAUCUUGGUGCUCUGGAGGAUCUGGUCACUGAACUCAACUCCUCUGGCUUUGCAUUGAACCUUUCCCAGCAUCAGGAAAGAGUUCAAAAUCUUAGAAAGAACUUCACAGAGCUACAGAAGACAAUCAAAGAAAGAGAGGAAGAUGCAUCAUCUUGCCAGGAGCAAUUGAAUGAAUUCCGGAAGCUGGUUAGGAACUUCCAGAAAUGGCUGAAGGAAACUGAAAGCAGUGUUCCACUUACAGAGACUUUCACGAGUGCUAAAGAGCUGGAAAAGCAGAUUGAACACCUGAAGAGUCUUCUGGAUGAUUGGACAAAUAUGGGAAAUUCAGUGGAAGAAAUCAACUGCAAAGGCACUUCUUUAGAAAAUCUCAUCAUGGAGAUCACAGCACCUGAUUCCCAAGCCAAGGCAGGUUCCAUACCGCUCUCUGUAGGAAGCUCUGUAGGCAGUGUAAACGGAUACCACACCUGCAAAGAUCUGACGGAGAUCCAGUGUGACAUGUCAGAUGUAAACUUGAAAUAUGAGAAACUGGGGGGACUACUUCGGGAACGCCUUGAAGGCCUUCAGUCUGUCCUCAGCAGAAUGGAGGAAGUUCAAAAGGAGGCAAGCUCAGUUUUACAGUGGCUGGAAUCAAAAGAAGAAGUCUUGAAAGCUAUGGAUGCCUCUUCAUCCCCAACCAAGACAGAAACAGUGAAAGUCCAAGCUGAAUCUAACAAGGCCUUCCUGACUGAAUUGGAACAGAAUUCUCCAAAAAUUCAGAAAGUGAAAGAAGCGCUGGCUGGGCUACUGAUGACAUAUCCUAACUCAAAAGAGGCUGAGAGCUGGAAGAAAAUGCAAGAGGAACUCAAUUCCCGAUGGGAAAAGGCCACUGAGGUGACGAUGGCUCGGCAAAAGCAGCUGGAGGAAUCUGCAAGUCAUCUGGAUUGUUUCCAAGCUGCAGAAUCCCAGCUCCGGCCCUGGCUGGUAGAGAAGGAACUAAUGAUGGGAGUGCUGGGUCCCUUAUCUAUUGACCCCAACAUGCUGAAUGCACAAAAACAGCAAGUUCAGUUUAUGCUGAAAGAAUUUGAAGCACGCAGACAACAGCAUGAGCAGCUGAACGAGGCAGCUCAGGGCAUCCUAGUAGGCCCUGGAGAGGUCUCUCCAUCCACUAGCCAAGUACAGAAAGAACUCCAGAGCAUCAAUCAAAAGUGGAUUGAACUAACAGAUAAACUCAAUUCCCGUUCCAACCAAAUUGACCAAGCUAUUGUCAAAAGCACCCAGUAUCAGGAAUUGCUCCAGGACUUAUCAGAAAAAGUGAAAGCAGUUGGGCAUCGACUUAGUAGCCAGUCAGCUAUCAGCACACAACCAGAGGCCAUAAAGCAGCAGUUGGAGGAAACUAGUGAGAUCCGAUCUGAUGUGGAGCAAUUAGAUCACGAAAUCAAGGAGGCAAAGACACUCUGUGAUGAGCUCUCAGAGCUUAUUGGUGAACAGUACCUCAAGGAUGAGCUGAAGAAGCGUUUGGAGACAGUUGCCCUGCCUCUUCAAGGUUUAGAAGAUCUUGCAGCUGAUCGCAUGAACAGACUCCAGGGAGCACUUGCCAGCACCCAACAGUUCCAACAAAUGUUUGAUGAGAUGAGAACCUGGUUGGAUGAUAAACAAAGCCAGCAAGUGAAAAACUGCCCAAUUUCUGCAAAACUGGAACGAAUACAGUCUCAACUACAAGAGAAUGAAGAGUUUCAGAAGAGCCUUAACCAACACAGUGGUUCCUAUGAGGUAAUUGUGGCUGAAGGAGAAUCUUUACUUCUUUCUGUACCUCCUGGAGAAGAGAAAACAACUUUACAGAACCAGUUGAUUGAGCUCAAAAAUAACUGGGAAGAACUCAAUAAAAAAACUACAGAUAGGCAAUGCAGGCUCAAGGACUGCAUGCAGAAAGCUCAGAAAUAUCAGUGGCAUGUGGAAGACCUUGUGCCAUGGAUAGAAGAUUGUAAGGCCAAGAUGUCUGACUUACGGGUCACUCUGGAUCCCGUGCAGCUAGAAUCUAGUCUCCUGAGAUCAAAGGCUAUGCUAAGUGAAGUAGAAAAGCGCCGCUCCCUGCUGGAAUUACUAAAUAGUGCAGCUGACGUUCUGAUCAAUUCUUCAGAAGCAGAUGAAGAUGAUAUCCGGGAUGAGAAGGCUAGAAUUAACCAGAACAUGGAUUCCAUUACAGAAGAGCUUCAAGCUAGGACAGGAUCACUUGAAGAAAUGACUCAGAGACUCAAAGAGUUUCAGGAAAGUUUUAAAAAUAUUGAAAAGAAGGUUGAAGGAGCCAAGCAUCAACUUGAGAUCUUUGAUGCUCUGGGCUCUCAAGCCUGUAGCAAUAAGAACCUAGAGAAACUAAGAGCUCAACAGGAACUGCUGCAGGCUCUGGAACCUCAGGUAGACUAUCUGAGGAACUUCACUCAAGGCCUCAUUGAAGAUGCCCCAGAUGGAUCUGAUGCAUCCCAACUUUUACAUCAAGCCCAGGUCACCCAGCAAGAGUUCCUAGAAGUACAACAAAGAGUCAACAGUGGUUGUACUACUAUGGAGAAUAAACUGGAGGGGAUUGGCCAGUUCCACUGCCGAGUCCGAGAGAUGUUUUCUCAGUUGGCAGACCUGGACGAUGAGUUAGAUGGUAUGGGUGCUAUCGGCAGAGACACUGACAGCCUUCAGUCCCAAAUUGAGGAUAUACAUUUGUUCCUUAACAAAAUCCAGUUGCUCAAGGCAGACAUAGAGGCAUCUGAAGCAGAGUGCAGACAGAUGUUAGAGGAGGAGGGGACUCUAGACUUGUUAGGUCUCAAGAGGGAGCUUGAAGCCCUGAACAAACAGUGUGGCAAACUGACAGAGAGAGGUAAAGCACGCCAGGAACAGCUUGAGCUGACCCUGGGUCGUGUAGAGGACUUCUACAGGAAAUUGAAGGUCCUCAAUGACAUGACCACUGCAGCAGAGGAAGGAGAGGCCCUCCAGUGGGUAGUGGGGACUGAAGUGGAUAUCAUCAACCAACAAUUAGCAGAUUUUAAAAUGUUUCAGAAAGAACAGGUGGAUCCUCUUCAGAUGAAAUUGCAGCAGGUGAAUGGACUUGGCCAGGGAUUGAUUCAAAGUGCCGGCAAAAACUGUGAUGUGCAGGGUUUGGAGCAUGAUAUGGAAGAGAUCAACGCUCGAUGGAAUACACUAAAUAAGAAGGUUGCACAGAGAAUUGCACAACUGCAAGAAGCUUUGUUGCAUUGUGGGAAAUUUCAAGAUGCCUUGGAGCCAUUGCUCAGCUGGCUGGCAGAUACUGAGGAGCUCAUAGCCAAUCAGAAACCUCCAUCUGCUGAGUAUAAAGUGGUAAAAGCACAGAUCCAAGAACAGAAGCUGCUGCAGCGGCUCCUGGAUGAUCGAAAGGCUACAGUAGAUAUGAUCCAAGCAGAAGGAGGCAGAAUAGCCCAGUCAGCUGAGCUUGCUGAUAGAGAGAAAAUCACUGGACAGUUGGAGAACCUUGAAAGUAGAUGGACUGGACUACUGAGCAAGGCAGCAGCCAGGCAAAAACAGCUGGAAGAUAUCCUGGUUCUGGCCAAACAAUUCCAUGAGACAGCUGAACCUAUUUCUGACUUCUUAUCGGUCACAGAGAAAAAGCUUGCUAACUCAGAACCUGUGGGCACUCAGACUGCCAAAAUACAACAGCAGAUCAUUCGACACAAGGCUCUGGAGGAAGAAAUAGAAAGCCAUGCAACAGAUGUUCACCAGGCAGUCAAAAUUGGGCAGACCCUCUCCUCCCUGACCAGUUCCGCAGAACAGAGUGUUCUGUCAGAAAAGCUAGACUCGUUGCAGGCACGAUACAGUGAUAUUCUAGACCGGUGCUGUCGGAAAGCAGCCCUGCUUGAACAGGCCCUGUCUAAUGCUAGACUGUUCGGGGAGGAUGAGGUGGAGGUGCUCAACUGGCUGGCGGAGGUGGAGGACAAGCUCAGUUCAGUGUUCGUAAAGGAUUACAGACAGGAUGUCCUGCAGAAACAGCAUGCUGAUCACCUGGCUUUAAAUGAAGAGAUUGUUAAUAGAAAGAAGAAUGUAGAUCAAGCUAUUAAAAAUGGUCAGGCUCUUCUAAAACAAACCACAGGUGAAGAAGUGCUGCUUAUCCAGGAGAAAUUGGAUGGAAUAAAAACUCGCUAUGCAGACAUCACAGUCACUAGCUCCAAGGCCCUCAGAACGUUAGAGCAGGCCCGGCAAUUAGCCACCAAAUUCCAGUCUACUUAUGAGGAACUGACCACAUGGCUGAAGGAGGUAGAGGAGGAGCUGGCCGCCAGUGGAGGACAGUCACCCACAGGGGAGCAAGUACUGCAAUUUCAACAAAGACAGAAGGAAUUAAAGAAAGAGGUUAUGGAGCACAGGCUGGUGUUGGACACGGUGAAUGAGGUGAGCCGAGCCCUCCUGGAGCUGGUACCCUGGAGAGCCAGAGAAGGUUUGGAUAAACUUGUAUCUGAUGCCAACGAGCAGUACAAACUGGUCAGUGACACUGUUGGACAAAGGGUGGAUGAAAUUGAUGCUGCUAUUCAGAGAUCACAGCAGUACGAACAAGCUGCUGAUGCAGAACUAGCUUGGGUUGCUGAAACAAAGCGAAAACUAAUGGCUUUGGGUCCAAUUCGCCUGGAACAGGACCAGACCACAGCUCAGCUGCAAGUACAGAAGGCUUUCUCCAUUGAUAUCAUUCGUCACAAAGAUUCAAUGGACGAACUCUUCAGCCAUCGUAGUGAAAUCUUUGGUACUUGUGGAGAGGAGCAGAAAGCUCUACUGCAGGAAAAGACAGAGUCCCUAAUACAACAAUAUGAAGCCAUUAGUCUACUCAAUUCUGAACGUUAUGCCCGCCUUGAGCGUGCCCAGGUCUUGGUGAACCAAUUUUGGGAAACAUACGAAGAGCUGAACCCCUGGAUUGAGGAGACUCGGGCACUCAUAGCACAACUGCCUCCUCCUGCCAUUGAUCAUGAACAACUCAGACAACAACAAGAGGAAAUGAGGCAACUAAGGGAAUCCAUUGCAGAACACAAGCCUCAUAUUGAUAAGCUGCUAAAGAUAGGUCCACAACUAAAGGAGUUGAAUCCUGAAGAGGGUAAAAUGGUGGAAGAAAAAUAUCAGAAUGCUGAAAAUCUGUAUGCCCAAAUUAAAGAAGAAGUACGUCAGCGGGCCCUGGCUCUGGAUGAGGCGGUUUCCCAAUCAGCUCAGUUCCAUGAUAAAAUUGAGCCCAUGUUGGAGACUCUGGAGAAUCUCUCCACUCGCCUGCGUAUGCCUCCAGCAAUUCCUGCUGAAGUAGACAAGAUCAGAGAGUGUAUUAAUGACAAUAAGAGUGCUACCAUGGAACUUGAAAAACUGCAGCCUUCCUUUGAGGCCCUAAAGAGGCGUGGAGAAGAACUCAUUGGAAGAUCUCAAGGAGCUGACAAAGAUCUGGCUGCAAAAGAAAUCCAGGACAAAUUGGAUCAAAUGGUAUUCUUCUGGGAGGACAUCAAAGCUCGGGCUGAAGAACGAGAAAUUAAAUUUCUUGAUGUCCUCGAACUGGCAGAGAAGUUCUGGUACGACAUGGCAGCUCUUCUGACCACCAUCAAAGACACCCAGGACAUUGUUCAUGACCUAGAAAGCCCAGGCAUUGACCCUUCCAUCAUCAAACAGCAGGUGGAAGCUGCUGAGACUAUUAAGGAAGAGACAGAUGGUCUACAUGAGGAACUGGAGUUCAUUCGAAUCCUUGGAGCAGAUUUGAUUUUUGCCUGUGGAGAAACUGAGAAGCCUGAAGUGAAGAAGAGCAUUGAUGAGAUGAAUAAUGCCUGGGAGAACUUAAACAAAACGUGGAAAGAGAGGCUCGAAAAGCUUGAGGAUGCCAUGCAAGCAGCUGUGCAGUAUCAGGACACACUUCAGGCUAUGUUUGACUGGCUAGAUAACACAGUGAUUAAACUCUGUACAAUGCCUCCUGUUGGUACUGACCUCAACACCGUUAAAGACCAAUUAAAUGAAAUGAAGGAAUUUAAAGUGGAGGUUUACCAACAGCAAAUCGAGAUGGAGAAGCUCAAUCACCAGGGUGAACUGAUGUUAAAGAAAGCUACUGAUGAAACAGACAGGGACAUCAUCCGAGAACCACUAACCGAGCUCAAACACCUCUGGGAGAACCUGGGUGAGAAAAUUGCCCACAGACAGCAUAAGCUAGAAGGUGCCCUCUUGGCCCUUGGCCAGUUCCAACAUGCCUUAGAAGAGCUAAUGAGUUGGCUGACUCAUACUGAAGAGCUGUUAGAUGCUCAGAGACCAAUAAGUGGAGACCCAAAAGUCAUUGAAGUUGAGCUUGCAAAGCACCAUGUUCUAAAAAAUGAUGUUUUGGCCCAUCAAGCCACAGUGGAAACUGUCAACAAAGCUGGCAACGAGCUUCUUGAAUCUAGUGCUGGAGAUGAUGCCAGCAGUUUAAGAAGCCGUUUGGAAACUAUGAACCAAUGUUGGGAAUCAGUGUUACAAAAAACAGAGGAGAGGGAGCAACAGCUUCAGUCUGCACUACAGCAGGCUCAGGGUUUCCACAGUGAAAUCGAAGACUUCCUUUUGGAACUUUCUAGAAUGGAAACCCAACUUUCUGCAUCCAAACCCACAGGAGGACUGCCUGAAACUGCUAGAGAACAGCUUGACACACAUAUGGAGCUCUAUUCCCAGCUCAAAGCCAAAGAAGAAACUUACAAUCAACUUCUGGACAAGGGCAGACUAAUGCUUCUAGGCCGGGAUGAAUCUGGGUCUGGCUCUAAGACCGAACAGAGUGUUGCCCUCUUAGAACAGAAGUGGCAAGUGGUCAGCAACAAAAUGGAAGAAAGAAAGUCAAAGCUAGAAGAGGCCCUCAACCUGGCAACAGAAUUCCAGAAUUCACUACAAGAAUUUAUCAACUGGCUCACCCUAGCAGAGCAGAGUUUAAACAUCGCUUCUCCUCCCAGCCUGAUUCUGAACACUGUCCUUUCCCAGAUAGAAGAGCACAAGGUUUUUGCAAGUGAAGUAAAUGCUCAUCGAGAUCAAAUUAUUGAACUUGAUCAAACUGGGAAUCAGUUAAAGUUCCUUAGCCAAAAACAGGAUGUUGUUCUGAUCAAGAAUUUGUUGGUUAGUGUCCAGUCCCGAUGGGAAAAGGUGGUUCAGCGAUCUAUUGAAAGAGGACGAUCACUGGAUGAUGCCAGGAAGAGGGCAAAACAAUUCCAUGAAGCUUGGAAAAAAUUAAUUGACUGGCUAGAAGAUGCAGAAAGUCACCUGGACUCAGAACUGGAGAUAUCCAAUGACCCAGACAAAAUCAAACUUCAGUUGUCUAAACACAAGGAGUUUCAGAAAACUCUUGGUGGUAAACAGCCUGUGUAUGAUACCACAAUUAGAACAGGCAGAGCACUGAAAGAAAAGACUUUACUUCCUGAUGACACUCAGAAACUUGAAAACUUACUGGGAGAAGUCAGAGACAAAUGGGACACUGUUUGUGGCAAGUCUGUGGAGAGGCAGCACAAGUUGGAAGAAGCCCUGCUAUUUUCAGGCCAGUUCAUGGAUGCUCUGCAGGCUUUGGUUGACUGGCUGUACAAGGUGGAGCCACAGCUGGCCGAGGAUCAACCAGUGCACGGGGACCUUGACUUGGUCAUGAACCUCAUGGAUGCCCACAAGGUUUUCCAAAAGGAACUGGGAAAGCGAACUGGAACUGUUCAGGUGCUGAAGCGUUCUGGCCGAGAGCUGGUUGAGAAUAGUCGGGAUGAUACCACUUGGGUGAAAGGUCAGCUCCAGGAGCUAAGUACUCGCUGGGAUACUGUGUGUAAGCUCUCUGUCUCUAAACAAAGCCGACUGGAACAGGCCUUAAAACAGGCAGAAGAAUUUCGGGACACAGUUCAUAUGCUACUAGAGUGGCUUUCUGAAGCAGAGCAGACACUUCGCUUUCGAGGAGCACUUCCUGAUGAUACUGAAUCUCUGCAGUCUCUCAUAGACACCCAUAAGGAAUUCAUGAAGAAAGUGGAAGAAAAGCGAGCAGAUGUUAAUGCAGCAGUAGCUAUGGGGGAAGUGAUCUUGGCCGUCUGCCACCCCGAUUGCAUUACCACCAUCAAACACUGGAUCACCAUCAUACGAGCCCGCUUUGAAGAGGUCUUGACAUGGGCCAAGCAACACCAGCAGCGUCUUGAAACGGCCCUAUCAGAAUUGGUGGCAAAUGCUGAGCUCUUGGAAGAACUUCUGGCCUGGAUCCAGUGGGCUGAGACCACCCUCAUUCAGCGAGAUCAGGAGCCAAUUCCUCAGAACAUUGAUCGAGUGAAAGCCCUUAUUGCUGAGCAUCAGACAUUUAUGGAGGAGAUGACUCGAAAACAGCCUGAUGUGGACCGGGUCACCAAGACGUACAAAAGGAAAAACAUAGAGCCUCCCCAUGCACCAUUCAUCGAGAAGUCCCGCAGUGGAAGCAGGAAGUCUGUGAAUCAACCCACACCUCCUCCCAUGCCCAUCCUUUCCCAGUCUGAAGCAAAGAAUCCACGAAUCAAUCAGCUCUCAGCUCGCUGGCAGCAGGUGUGGCUGUUAGCACUGGAGCGGCAGCGGAAGCUGAAUGAUGCAUUGGAUAGGUUAGAGGAGUUGAAGGAAUUUGCCAACUUUGACUUCGAUGUCUGGAGGAAAAAGUAUAUGCGUUGGAUGAAUCACAAAAAGUCUCGAGUGAUGGAUUUCUUCCGGCGAAUCGACAAAGACCAGGAUGGGAAGAUAACGCGACAGGAGUUUAUUGAUGGCAUCCUAGCAUCCAAAUUUCCUACCACCAAGCUAGAGAUGACUGCUGUUGCUGACAUUUUUGACAGAGAUGGGGAUGGCUACAUUGAUUACUACGAAUUUGUAGCUGCUCUCCAUCCCAAUAAAGAUGCUUACCGACCAACCACAGAUGCUGACAAAAUUGAAGAUGAGGUCACAAGACAAGUGGCUCAGUGCAAAUGUGCAAAAAGGUUUCAAGUGGAACAGAUUGGAGAAAAUAAAUAUCGGUUCUUCCUCGGCAACCAGUUUGGGGACUCCCAGCAGCUGCGGCUGGUCCGCAUCCUGCGCAGCACAGUGAUGGUUCGUGUCGGUGGAGGAUGGAUGGCCCUGGAUGAAUUUUUAGUCAAAAAUGAUCCCUGUCGAGUUCACCAUCCCGGGAAUAAAAUAAAGCGUUCUGAUUCCAGCUCUUCGGUUUCCAGUCAGUCUCCCAUAGCACGAGGAAGAACGAACAUUGAACUUCGAGAGAAAUUCAUCCUACCAGAGGGGGCAUCCCAGGCAAUGACCCCUUUCCGAUCACGGGGUCGAAGAUCCAAGCCUUCUUCCCGGGCAGCUUCUCCUACACGCUCCAGCUCAAGUGCUAGUCAGAGUAACCACAGCUGUACGUCCAUGCCAUCUUCUCCAGCCACUCCAGCAAGUGGCACCAAGACUCCACUUCAGUUCUCUCGCUGUUAUGACAAACCCUGGUUGGUAAACAGUAAAGCUGGCACCCCUGUCAGGGACAGCCACUAUCCUGACGCCCAGCUGCUCAGCCCCGAGGUUAUUCCAUCAACAGGUAGCAAGUUGAAACGACCGACACCAACCUUUCAUUCCAGUCGAACAUCCCUUGCUGGUGAUACUAGCAAUAGUUCCUCUCCAGCCUCCACAGGUGCCAAAACUAAUCGGGCAGAUCCUAAAAAGUCAGCCAGUCGCCCUGGGAGUCGGGCCGGGAGUCGGGCUGGGAGUCGAGCCAGCAGCCGGCGAGGAAGUGACGCCUCUGACUUUGACCUGUUGGAGACACAGUCUGCUUGUUCAGACACUUCAGAAAGCAGCGCUGCAGGGGGGCAGGGCAGUUCUAGAAGAGGGCUAAACAAGCCUUCCAAAAUCCCAACCAUGUCCAAGAAGACCACCACUGCCUCCCCCAGGACUCCAGGUCCCAAGCGAUAACACUGUACAAGCACCCCCAAACCUUUGUCCACUUUGAAUCCUACUCCAUGCAUUGGAUGUAUAUUUAUUCUGAACGGGAGACGUUAUAUUGUUAAAAGUGUAAAAGAAUAAUUGUGUUAUGAAGCUGCCUUAUUUUUUUCUUUUUGUAAGUUACUAUUUUCAUGUGAAUAUUUAUGUAGAUAAAAUUUGCCUCUGGUAACCCUGUAAUGGAUGGGGCCCAGAAAUGAAAUAUUUGAGGAAGAUAAAUGAAAGGUCAAAAUGCAAAUGUGUAUUAAGAAAAAAAAAAGCCUCUAAAUAGGGUUUCUGCGCGGUGCAGGGUUGUAAACCUGCUUUAUCUUUUAGGAUUAUUCCUAAAUGCAUCUUCUUUAUAAACUUGACUUGCUAUCUCAGCAAGAUAAAUUAUAUUAAAAAAAAAAAAGACUCCUGCAGUGUUUUAAGGAACUUUUUUUGUAAAUCACAGACACUUCAGUUAGUAAGAACUGAGGGAGAGCACCUCUAAUUGCUUUUUCCAUUGUUUUUAAUGUUGUGUGGUUUUAGCUGAAGAAAGAACCUCAUCUAGGUAAUGUUUGCACAUGAUAUAACAAAAGGGGUUCAUUGCAAUACUGUCUUUGAAUACUGUUUCAGUACUGGGUGUUUAAAGGACAACUAGCUGCUAGAAUUCAGGGGUAAAUGUAACAUUUAAAAAAAUCCAAACAUUGGGGUUUUUUAAAGUCCUGCUUUAUAACUUCCUAUCCAACCUGGCCACCAAUAACUCUCGUGCUCACUGGGACCCAAUUCCUGGCAAGGGGUGGUUUCGUGAAUUAGAUUUGUUUAUCUGCAUUUUUUGCUAUUUAUUUCAAUGGUUGAUCAACUUCCCACAAACUGAGGAAUGAAUUCCAUGAGCCUAUUCUGAAAAAUGUGGACCUGACACAAACACUUGCUCAUCCUUUAAAGGAGCUCACCAGCACACUUGUAACAAGUCCCGUUUGCUUCCGUCUUUUUUGUGCGUAAUAAAGUCAACUGACCAAGUGACCAUGAAGAGGGGCUCUCUGGGGCUCCUGUUUUUUAGCUGCUGUUCCUCUUCAGCUCCGACCAUGUUGCUGUGUGAUUAUCUCAAUUGGUUUUAAUUGAGGCAGAAACUGAAGCUCUACCAAUGAACUGUUUAAAACAAGACACACUUUUGUAUUAAAAUUGCUUGCAGUAACAA